CGUUGUCCGGGGAGACGCGGCGGCGGCGGGGCCGCGGGUGAGGAUGCGGCGGCUGCUGUUGGCGCUGGCCUGGCUCGGUGCGGCCCUUCCCGCAGGGGCGGCGGCGGAGCGGGGCGCGGGCGGCGCCGAGCCGGUGCGGUACCGCACGGCCGAGAUGGCGGACGCGAUGCUGGGCAGCGGGGCCCUGGCCGAGCAGCCCGUGCUGCUGUCGGCGGUGCCGGCCGAGGCGAGCGGCGGCCCGGCGGGGGAUUGCGAUGGGGCGGCCGCGGGCGAGGCGUGCGGGCCGGCGGGGAGCGGCCCCGCGGCCGCCCAGGCCCGGGAGCAGCCCGUGCUGGAGCCCGUGCUGCCCGCGCCCGCCGAGGAGCAGAACGGCACCGACAGCGCCAAGGCUCCCAAGGUGAACUGCGAGGAGAGGAACACGACGGGCGUGGAGCGCUUCACGCUGCAGAUCCUGAACGUGUCCCAGGACCUGAUGGAGUUCCUGAACCCAAACAGCAGUGACUGUACAUUGGUCCUGUUCUACACACCGUGGUGCCGCUUUUCUGCCAGCCUGGCACCUCAUUUUAACUCUUUGCCCCGAGCAUUUCCAACUCUUCGCUUCCUGGCAUUGGAUGCAUCCCAGCACAGCAGUUUAUCAACUAGAUUUGGAACUGUGGCUGUACCAAAUAUCCUCCUUUUCCAAGGUGCCAAACCUAUGGCUAGAUUUAAUCAUACAGACAGAACACUGGAAACCCUGAAAGACUUCAUCUUUAACCAGACAGGGAUAGAAGCUAAAAGCAAUGUGGCUGUGACAGAGGAAGACUGGGAAGGGCCCCUGCCAAGUGUUCUGACGAAGGGCAUAGACUGGCUGCUCCUGUUCUCUGUGCUCUUCCUGGCUGGCUUUGUCAUGUACGCCACCAUCCGCACCGAGAGCAUCCGGUGGCUCAUCCCGGGACAAGAGCACGAACAUCAGGAAUAACCUCUGAUGUUCAAACAGGGACAACAUUCUCCACUUAUUGGUAAAGUGGGAAUUUCUAUGGACUAGAGGUACCUAAGAAUGAACUGUUGAAUCUGUUGGCUGUAAUUUAUAAUAAUGACUAGAAAUUGGCUUUAUUUAUCAACUGCUGAAUCUGUAACAAAAGCACAUUUGUGGCGAUUACAAUGGUAAGUAAACAAGUACAAAAAAACAUGAACUAAAAUUUUUAUUAAGCUGCUCUGAUUGACUUCUUUUUAAUGGAAUUUGAUGUAAUUAGUGGUACAGUUCUAAUUUGUAGAUCAGGGAAGAUUUUUACAGCACACUGGUCUGUAUGUGCUGUGUACACGCUUGCUUGCGUGGCACUGCAAGAAAAACACUGGUGAGGGGAGGUGUUGAUACAUUGGUUUCCCUGUCCAUAAAAUGAACUAUGAAGAUGUUUUAAAUGAUAUUUCACUCCCAUGGAAGUGACUGUUCCCACCUCUGGCACUGGAGUUCAGUGCUGGUUUUCUCAUUCACUUUGCUCUGAGUUUUGACUUAUUGGCAGUUCUUUAUGAGAUUUAGAGUCACUUCCCAAGCUCACCUCACUAUUUCUGUGUGUGUAUAUAACUUAUUUACCACAUUUCUGUUGGAUGAAAUUGUAUUAAUUGUCCUUUAUAAAAAAAAUAAAUCAGGUUUUCAGUGUAA